AUGGCAAGCGAGACUCUACCGCAAAGCCUUGGAUUUCUCACUAAUGCCGCUCAUAUUCUCGUGAAGACGGCACCUGAGACAUCGGCGUAUCUUAUGACGCAGCGGAACUCGUUAAUAUUCCACAAUGAUUUAGAGCAGUCGGACUUGCAAAGACAACACGUGUGCGGUGCUUGUGGACAUAUUAUGAUUCCCGGCCAAGGGAGCGAGCUGAAGCUGGAGAGAAAAAAGAAACACCAGCAAAAAGAAUUGAAAAGGAAGAACGGUAGCUCCAAGGUUAUAACUGGGAAGAACACACUAACAGCCGACGGUCGAAAGAAGUUUACUUGUGGGAUGUGUGGUCGGUAUACUGAUAUCGUACUUCCUCCCGUAGCGCCUAUAUCUAGGCGUCGCCCACUAAAGUCAGCAAAGUCCCUAAGUUUAGGCACGGCUCACCGCAAUGCGUCUAUACUCCCCGAGCCAGCUAAAGUCUCAGUCUCAGCAAGUGCUAGCAGUAAGAAAAGGGCGAAGAGUAGGAAACAAGGUCUUCAAGCUUUACUUCUACAAGCUCAAUCUUCUGCAUUGAAACCUCAGAAUGGCCUUGGCUUGAGUUUGAGCGACUUCAUGUCAAAAUGA